AAGGGUUUUAACGUAGGAACGAAUUGUGACGAACGUCGCCGAUAUUAGCUGGUGCUUCUUCUUUUGUCCCCGACGAUCAUUAUGCUCAACUCGUGCUGUGCUUUUUUCUACCGUGCUUGUACGCAUGCUGCGAGUGUUUUUUCAGUGCUGUAGUCAUUCAGUGCUACGUUGAUUAUCAAACAGGCUUAAACGAGCCACCCCGAUCGAACGCCAAACGUCUCGUCGGCCCAGCUACCUGGGAAUAUUCCUGAGAUGCCUGUUAGACGAGGUCACGUGGCGCCCAGGACAACGAUCAUCGAAACCAUCAUCAGGAAGUUCGACACCCACGAUCGAAGUUUUUUAGUGGCCAACGCUCAACAGGGACUAUGUCACAUAAUAUAUUGCUCGGACGGUUUCUGCCGGCUGACGGGCUUCUCGAGGGCGGAAGUGAUGCAGAGACCGGCGAUCUGCGAGUUCCUUCAUGGGCCGAUGACGUCGCCGCAUGCGGUCGCGGCCCUCCGCGACGCCCUCGCCGCCGGCGUCGAAAAGCAUUUCGAGAUCCUUUACUACAGGAAAGACGGCACCAAAUUUCUGUGCAGCGAGGUGAUAGCGCUAAUAAGGAGCGAGGUGGACGACAUCUGCUUGCAAAUCAUAAACUUCGAGGAUUUGAGCUCCCAACCGCCCCCGCAGCCUGCAAUUCCGCCCCCAAGCCAGACCAACAACAGGCUCGUCACACGCUUCGACAGGGCAAGGGCGUCCUUUCGUGCUGGCCUCUCCAGGACCGGUGUCGUUGGUCCACCAAGGGUCAGGAAUCGACCGAGAGCCACGACCAACUUACCUCAUCGACUUGCUGACGGGACCAUCCUCGACGAGGACGCCUCUGAGAACUGCCCACUAACAUGUGGUUCACCUACAAUGAUGGAAUCUUGGGGUCCUGGGAGGACUGGCACGCCCCCGCCUGCUCUUCCACCCCCGCCAGCUGGGAGCAACAAUGGUGGUGCAACGUCUGCAGCAACCGCAAACGUUGCACAGACCAGCACCACCGCGCCGAUUGCCAGUCCCGAGGGGGUGAGCGACGUCUCGCAAAAGUCCGGGAUCUGGGAGGGUGGGAAUUUUUCAUCGACUGGAGGAGCAGAGGGACCGUCACGAAGCGUGUCACACGCGGCGAGCCUGGACGCGAUCUCGAGGAGGGCGGUGAAACCGGAAGCGGCGAGGGCGCCGUGUCGCAGCCUCACCUGCAGCGUUUUAGCGGGCCGAGGGAGCGAACACGUCACCCUCGAGCGACGACCAGCGACAGUCGAUAAUCUCACGGAAGCAACUAAACAUUCGAAAAUCUUUCCUGGCGUUGCGUCCGAAAGUGACUUGCAAAAAUGGCGGACGUCCAAAGACCGGAAGUCGCCAUCCCUAAGCCAGAUGGGGCCGGAUUCCAUCAAACACAAAUUUUCCUUGCAGGACAACGGGUCCGCGAAAUACUUCCAGGGCGCGAUGCACACGUCGAACAUGGGAGAAAAGGUAGCUCAGAGUCACGUCACCCAAGUGCUGUCCCUUGGAAACGAUAUCCUCCCAGCGUACAGAUUACAAUCACCCAGAAUCGGCAAGUGGACCAUACUGCACUAUUCACCCUUCAAGGCGGUCUGGGACUGGGUGAUACUGUUACUCGUAUUGUACACCGCGAUAUUCACCCCGUACGUCGCAGCCUUCGUCCUGUCGGAUCCAGAUUACAACAGCAGGAAGAACAAAAAGUACAGUGACGAUCCCAUCGUCAUCAUAGACUUCAUAGUCGACGUCACUUUCAUAGUGGACAUCAUCAUAAAUUUUCGCACGACUUUCGUGAAUAGCAACGAUGAAGUGGUGUCCCAUCCUGCAAAGAUAGCCGUCCAUUACCUGAAGGGUUGGUUCAUCAUCGACCUGGUGGCCGCCAUACCCUUCGACCUUUUUCUCGUUGGCUCACACACUGACGAGCUCGGCUUGGACAAGGACGAGACGACCACCUUGAUAGGACUAUUGAAGACGGCUCGUCUUCUGCGACUCGUCAGAGUAGCCAGGAAGAUCGACAGAUACAGCGAAUAUGGAGCCGCAGUUUUACUCCUUCUGAUGGGCACCUUCGCUCUUAGUGCUCAUUGGAUGGCGUGCAUAUGGUACGCCAUAGGAAACGCGGAGAGACCAACACUGAAGAGCAAAGUCGGCUGGCUCGACAUUUUGGCCAACGACACACAUCAGUUUUAUUUUCACAACAACACAGGAGGGCCAAGUAUAAAGAGCCGCUAUAUCACAGCACUGUAUUUCACCUUUAGUAGUUUAACAUCGGUUGGCUUUGGAAACGUGGCUCCGAACACGGACGCCGAGAAGAUAUUUACUAUAAUAGUUAUGCUAAUCGGAUCUUUGAUGUACGCCAGUAUCUUCGGUAAUGUCUCAGCGAUCAUUCAGAGGCUUUACAGCGGUACAGCAAGAUAUCACACGCAGAUGCUUCGAGUUCGAGAGUUCAUACGAUUCCAUCAGAUCCCAAAUCCGCUUCGUCAACGUUUGGAAGAGUACUUUCAGCAUGCUUGGACAUAUACGAACGGGAUCGACAUGAACAGCGUUCUGAAAGGAUUCCCCGAGUGCCUUCAGGCGGACAUCUGUCUUCAUCUGAACAGAAAUCUUUUGAACAACUGUAGAGCCUUCGAGGCUGCCAGUCCUGGUUGUUUAAGGGCAUUAUCGUUAAAAUUCAAAACCACACACGCACCACCCGGUGACACGUUAGUUCAUCGAGGGGAUGUAUUGACGUCCUUAUACUUCAUAUCACGCGGCAGCAUAGAGAUAUUGAAGGGAGACGUGGUGAUGGCCAUACUGGGCAAGGACGACAUAUUCGGGGAGAAUCCUUGCAUAUACCGGACCGUCGGCAAAUCGUCCUGCAACGUACGUGCACUGACCUAUUGCGAUCUGCACAAGAUACACAGGGAUGAUUUGCUCGACGUUCUGGCUCUCUAUCCGGAAUUCUCGAACCACUUCAGCCAGAAUCUCGAGAUCACUUUCAAACUAAGAGACGAGGAUCAGGCUGGUGUAGAUCCAAUAUCAGCAAGGUUUCCUGUCAGCACUCCAACGGACGUCGAGGUCGACGCUAGGAGAUUCGCUUUCCGUCCACCAAGAUACUUUCGAGGACCCGGAGGUCCUGGCACCAAUCUUAUCCCCACUGGUCGACAAGACUCCUUGCAGGGUGAUCAGGAAGACUAUGACAAAGCAAGUGGUCAUGGAAUUUUGGAGUUCAGCACAGACAAAGCCGGCCAAGAUGUGACACCAUUGAACCUGGAGUUCGACGAGCCAAAGCAGAGGAGCACCACGCUGAAUUCCAUAACUGGCAUGCUAACCCAUCUCAAGCGCAGCAUACCGGACCUACGUCAGCACAAGAUCCAUCAGCAGCCAUUGACGAGUCACGAUUACCUAGCCAAGCAGAUGACCACGCCAUUGACGAAACCAGCGCGGAGAAGCUCUGCUGCUGGUGAAAGCUGCCUCAGCCAGAGUGCGGUUCACCAGACAUCGACGACGUCCAGUCACUAUACAACGCCAUCACCACCGCAGCAUCCGCAGUCUCACGGUGACUUUCAAAGUGGACCAGGCCGGCCUAUCGAGGAGAUAAACGCGAGAAUAGACAAGCUGUCGCGACAGGUGUCCUCUCUGGAGCAUACGAUGGGUGACAACAUCAGAUUGAUCUUGACUCUGCUUCAACAGACGCUCAACUCGUCGAGGGAGAGUUCCAGUAUCGAGAUGAUGCCUGGAACCGCUCCAGCUGGACCUGUCAGGCAAGGUAGCAGAGCACCGGUCCAGAGAUCCGCCAGCGAACCUCAACCACCUACGGCUCAACCCUCGAGCAAUGGAAACGGAAAGAUCCAGCCUAGCACGUCUCACGGUUUGUUUAGUAGACCACCAACGAGAGAGCCAACGUCCACGUCGUCGGGAGCGUCGCGAUUAACAGUCGCGUCGGACACACCCGAGCUUGCCGCGGCCUUGAAGGCGGCUUUGAACGCAAGAGCGGCACCAACGAGAUCUCAGAGCCAACCGGUGAACCUGGCGGUGCCAUCCAAUGCGCAACAGGCACAUUUGUCGCAUCCAUGGCACAGUCAGACCGCUGCGUUCAGGAGAGGAGAGUUCAGGAGCGGGUACAGCUCUUUCAACAAACGUUCAGAGCCAGAGGUGGAUGGAAAGAUCGUGGACGAUCCGUGGAGCUGCGUGGUGUCGAUGCCGGAUCGAGGAGGUUCUCAACGUCCGCGAAGCAGCGAAUCGAGGAAGGAUUCGACGAAUCAUCGUGGCUCCAGCGAGCUGUCAUCGAGUCAGCGUGUAGAGAGCAGGCAGGCAACGCAAGAAGGCGCGGGACAAGCACCAAUCGCGAGACUGGACUCGUUGGACGAGCUCGAUCAGGAUCACGGUAGUUAAGGCCAGGGUUUCCCUUCUUUUUUGAAGUAAUUGCGGCUCGCUUGCGACUGAAACGUGUCGCGUCGUCCAGCUGACGAACUGGCGGCGCGAUCAUAAAUGAUCAUUCGGAUGGCUGUGGACUCCUUCCGUUCCCUUUUGGAGGAUCUAGCGAAUGUGGCGCCAGGAUAGGGUACGCGCUCUCCGAUCGAUCUUCUUUCAACGAUUUUUCCCCCGCCGUUUCUUUCUUCUCCUAUCAUUUUCACACGAAUCUCUUCUUCUUCGACUUCUCUUGUUUUUUCGAACAUUUUUGCAUCGUCGAAUAUAUAUUUAGCAAUAUGACUGUUGAUACUUUUAAGGUGGCAAUACUAUCUUCUGAGUAAUUAUAUCUACACCUUGUUCUUUCGAGCACACACGCUUUUCUACUUGUAUUAAAUCUAAGCGUUUAAUAUUUUACGUAGAACUUCUUUUCGGAGGUAAGAACGUCCGUUUCUUGUUCCCGGCUUUUUGUUACACACACACACACUGCGUUACUAAUCACGGGGCCACAUCGCUGUUUUGCGAUCGACAGUAGCGUAACUCGAAAGAGAAGAAAAAAAGAAAUGCAACAUUUACAGCGAAGCAGUUGAAAAUUUGCAUUUGUCUCU